ACAGUGACAUAAAUUACAAGCGAUCGAUUGUUGAUGUUUUUGUAAGCUCUCUGAUAUGAUCCAUUACUUACUUUUUUUAGUUAGUAAAAGAUACCCUAAAAUGUAUUAUUAAUGAGGCUAAUAUAAAUUGAUCUAAAAGGAAGACUGUCACAAUUCUUAAUUAUCUAAUGCACUUAACUGAAAUAUUUAAAGUUACACCCCAUAUGACAAUAUGGACUACGAUUAUCUUAUUAAACUUCUUUGUGUUGGAGAUUCUGGAGUUGGAAAGACUAGCUUCCUCUACAAGUACACUGAUGGAGUUUUCCACACUCAGUUCAUUUCGACAGUUGGCAUUGACUUCAGAGAAAAAAGCGUGAUUUAUCAACAAAAUGGGAGGCAGCACAGGAUUCAUCUGCAACUAUGGGAUACAGCAGGACAGGAAAGGUUCCGAAGCUUGACUACAGCUUUCUACAGAGAUGCAAUGGGAUUUCUGUUGCUGUUUGAUCUGACUAAUGAGGCAUCUUUCUUAGAAGUUAGAAAUUGGAUUGAACAGUUGAAGACACACAGCUUGAGUGAUGACCCAGACAUAGUGUUAUGUGGGCACAAAUGUGAUUUACAAGAAAAGAGGUUGGUCAACCAGAACCGUGCCAGAGAGUUUGCAAAGAACUACAACCUGCCAUACUUAGAGACCAGUGCCAAAUCAGGGCAAAAUAUUGACCGAGCAAUUGAGAUUCUACUUGAUAAGAUUAUGCUUAGAAUGGAGUCAUCAGUAGAAUACGCCAUGCUGUGUGCAUCGGGAAGACGUCGACAAUCUCUUCAAAAACUGCAAGCAAACAAAGACAGAAACUUUUGUUCUUGCUAAGAUUUAAGUCUGUGAUUUAUACUUAUACUGUAUCUAUCUAAAACUGAAAGUAUUUCCUAUACACUUUAUAAAUAUUUAUAAACGUCACAAGUAUUUCUUAUAUGGAGCCAUCUAUUCAAAACAAUUCAUUCCAUAAUGGGUCUAUUUCCUAAGACUGAUUUUAGUUUUUUCGAGAGAACCUCCUUUUUAAUCAGUAUUGUUAGUUUUGGAAGAAACAUCCUAUCACGCAUCCUUAAUAUGAAAGGAGGUAGCUCCGUCUUUUUAACUGUUUUUAAGAUUUUUCCCUUUACUUAAAAAUCAUAUAUCUAGUUCCUUGGGUGUUCCUUGAUCUGAUGACUUUAUGAUGCCUACUGGUUGAAAGUUAGGGGUUUUAUGAUGAGAACCUUUUUUAUUUAUAUAUCAAUUUCCUAUGCCUUUUAUCUUAUCUGUGGUACUUUUAGAUCUAAAAGCUUAAAAGCGAACUUGCACAAUGAAUUGUUCUUUAACUAAUUUAUUGAGGAAGCAAUUCCUUAUACAAUUCCCGGGUAUUUCUGGACGGAUUACAUUUUGUUUGCAUCUUUGUAAAUGUCAUAAAAAGUGGCGCUUAAAAUCGAAUUCACUGAUUUAAAUUUCGAAUGCAUUCUCCAAGGAGGAUUUGUUUCGAUGCUCUAUGCUAUACGAGUGUGAUUCGUUUUCUUGAGUAUAUAAUAUUCUGCACAUGCGUGAUAUUAACUUAGCACAAAUUAAUUAUUAAAAAUUAGUACUUUUGUUCUUUUGUCUAUUUGUUAAGGUUUUACAGAAUUAAGUACUUAUGCUUAAGUACCAGUUGGAACUUAAUAAGUUCAAAAAGAAGUGAAAAGACUUUGUCUUAUACAUGUUGAAAGGUCGAUAAGUAUUAUUUUCAAAUUUUUGGUAACACUAAUGGUAUUUAAUAUUCAUAAAGUUACCCUAGUCUAUUAUAAACAUAAUCCAAAUGAAUUGUUAUACAGUUAUACAUUUUUGAAUAAUAUUUAUAUUAUAAGUGAACAUUAUGAAAUAUAUUAUCGUAAGUAUAUUUGAUCUCGAGUAUGAUAUCUACAUAGCAUGUACCUAUUAUAUAAUGUGAAUAUUUGUGAACUAGUCACCCCGCAGCUUUGUCCCCUAGGAUUAAAGAAACCUUCCAACGUUCUCAGUCGCGCUGUUCAGAAUUUCUCAAAUAUUUUUUCCUUUUUUAACCUAUAACAGUCCUGUUGUUUUAAGAGUCUGAUUUUAAGAGUUUGAUGUUACUGGCUGCAAUUUGUAUGUACUACAUAACACAUAAAAACAAAAGUUGAUAAUUUAAAUUCAGAAUCCUUGUUCGGGUUCUAUGAAAGUUAUUUCAAGCACAAGUUAUUUUUUUCGUGUUUUUACUUGAAACGCGACUGAGACUUAUUAUGAUGAAAGUCUUGCCAUAAUAAAUAAGUAAUUUAAUAAAAUCUAGUCAUAUUUUAUCUCUACAUUGCGCAAAUAUUGCGAACGAACAUUUUAUAAUUAUUGAGAUCGGCUUAAAUAUUUUAUAAUGUAUUAAUAAAAGUAUUGAGAUUUAUCCUUGACCAAAUUGCGAUUAUACACAUAAUUAUAAAGUGUCAAUUUUGUAAACAAUUAUUGUCUAUUGAUGUUUUCUGUGUCAUUAAAUUAAAUUAUUGAUCA